UGGCAGUGCCGACCCCCUGGGCCCGAUUGACUGAUGUUCUCGCGUUAACGUUGAGCAUUUAAGCGUUUCGUUUUCGGUGAAAUCGGCGGAGACAUUAAGAUUGCAAUUAAUAUGAGCGAGAGUACUCCCAUGAACCAAGUUCCUGAAAGCAACGGAGGAACGGAGUCGGCAGGAAUGAAUGGCGAAGCCGGCGAGCACCCUGGAAUGGGCCUUGGUGCGCUUGUGCCACCGGUCGAAUUGCCGCCAAACUCGGAAGAUAAGCCGCUGGAUAAAAUAUCCAAUGAUAUGCCGGACAAUGUACUGGACAAGACGCCAGACUCCGUGUCGGAAGGUGGAGCGAAAAAAGGCGUCGUCACCCCUGGGGGGAAUGGCUCGGCAAUUGUUGCUAAUCGCGCCAAGAAGCGUAAGAAGGUACCUCGUGAUGCCACUGCUCCCAAACAACCACUGACGGGUUACUUUCGAUUUCUUAAUGACCGGAGGGAGAAGGUUCGAGGAGAAAACCCAUCUAUGUCAUUUGCUGAAAUCACUAAGCUUCUUGCCUCGGAAUGGAGUAAUCUACCUGUUGACCAAAAACAGCAAUAUCUGGAUGCUGCUGAACAAGACAAAGAGCGUUACAACCGAGAGUUCAGCGAUUACAAGCAGACCGAAGCAUACAGGAUUUUCAGUGAAAGGCAAUCCUCAGAGAAACACAAUGAGAGCAAGAGAGAAAGGAACGGUGCGGACACAACUUUGGAACAGAACGACAUUCAGCAAGAUAAGGAUAACGACUUUUCUGGCUUCGACAUUCCAAUAUUUACCGAAGAAUUCUUGGAUCAUAACAAAGCUUGCGAGGCAGAAUUAAGGCAGCUGCGAAAAGCAACUUCGGACUACGAGGCGCAGAAUGCGGUACUGCAGCGUCACGUCGACAGUCUACAUGCGGCAGUAAAUCGUUUAGAAUCGGAAACUAACCAACAGCGCGUCACCAACCAGGCACUCCAACGCCACCUGGAUUCCCUCCGAUCGCAGAUGGCAGGAUGUUUUGCUGCCGUUCCUCUGCAAGGUCUGACUUGGUCGUCCUCGAGUAGUACCCAUGAGGGAGCCACUCCUCAGAACGUCGACGGCUACGUCGAGAGGCUCGAGUCCAUGUUAAGUGGAAACGUCGAGCCCUCGCUACGCAGUGCCGUGCGCAACGCCAUCGCCAGAUUGGAGCCGAUCGGAUGACGGUCACCUCCCGCCACCACGGGGACUUCGUCCAAGCAUCACCGGGCUCGCCAUUCGCACCGGAGAUAAGGACGCCCUCAAAUGGACCUUGGGCGUCCUCCAAGGGCCCGGGCCCCAUUCCGUUUCUUGCGCCGCACCGCGUCAGGCCACGCCGGCUCGUAACGAUCUGCAAAGCAUUGAACCGGGAUUGGUGCCAACUUUGAUUCCGGCAUUCGUCGUCUUAACCCUUUCGGUACGAGUAUAUAUUCGGGAUCCAUCUGAUGAUCUGUUUGUACGAUUGCCGGAUAUAUCCGGCAUCCAUCUGAUGAAUAUUUGUGUACGAGUGUCGGAUAUAUCCGGCGUCCAUCUGAUGAAUCUGUGUGUACGAUUGCCGGAUAUAUCCGGGAUCCAUCUGAUGGCAUGUGUGUACGAGUGCCGGAUAUAUCCGGCAUCUAUCUGAUGAAUCUUUGUGUACCAGUGUCGGAUAUAUCCGGCAUCUAUCUGAUGAAUCUUUGUGUACGAGUGUCGGAUAUAUCCGGGAUCCAUCUGAUGAAUCUUUGUGCACGAGUGUCGGAUAUAUCCGGCAUCCAUCUGAUGAAUCUUUGUGUACGAGUGCCCGAUAUAUACGGCAUCCAUCUGAUGGCAUGUGUGUACGAGUGCGGGAUAUAUCCGGCAUCCAUCUGAUGACCUGUGUGAACGAGUGUCGGAUAUAUCCGGCAUCUAUCUGAUGAAUCUUUGUGUACGAGUUUCGGAUAUAUCCGGCGUCCAUCUGAUGACCUGUAUGUACGAGUGCCCGAUAUAUCCGGCAUCCAUCUGAUGGCAUGUGUGUGCGAGUGUCGGAUAUAUCCGGCAUCCAUCUGAUGCAUCUUUGUGUACGAGUGUCGGAUUAUCCGGCGUCCAUCUGAUGACAUGUGUGUACGUGUGUCGGAUAUAUCCGGCAUCUAUCUGAUGAAUCUUUGUGUACCAGUGUCGGAUAUAUCCGGCAUCUAUCUGAUGAAUCUUUGUGUACGAGUGUCGGAUAUAUCCGGCAUCAAUCUGAUGACCUGUGUGUACGAGUGCCCGAUAUAUCCGGCAUCCAUCUAAUGGCAUGUGUCUACGAGUGCCGGAUAUAUCCGGCAUCCAUCUGACGACCUGUGUGUACGAGUGUCGGAUAUACCCGGCAUCCAUCUGAUGACAUGUAUGUACACUGGCGGACAGAGCGCUUGUAUCGAAAGGGUUAAGAGUCUAUACCAUUGUGAACGUCGAAAAAAUUACACAUAUUUGACAAUGUUUUUCUCAAAAAGUACUGCAUAGGUACAGCCACGGCGCUGACGUCACAAGUGUUGUCCCUAGGUGUCGUUACGUGGCAGCAUGGUCAACUCGUUUUUUUUUUUAAUUGUACCAUUACCCCCUAUACCACUGUGAACGUCGAAAAAAUUACACAUUUUUGACCAUUUUUUUUUUCAAAAAGUACUGCGUAUAAUGGCACACUUUUUUUUUUCCAUGAAAGGUCUAAUGUAGGAGAAUACGGGAAAAUUUUUCUUUUUAAUAAAAACAUUUUUAUUUAUUUAUUA